AUGAAUCCUUCGCCAGUGGGUGAGAACUUGCCGAUGCUCGACAGGAAUAACAUUAUCAAUCAGAGAGAUGGAGAAUCACUAUACCAAAUUUGUCUCAAGUUGAGGAAAAGGUUAUCGGAGGUACCAAAUUUUCGGCCAUAUCUUGAACAAAUGGCGACUGAGGAGGCAGAGGGCGCGGAUCCGGUGUCCUCGUUAUGGAGAUGUUUCAGGAACGGUCUGCCUCUUCUCACUAUCUACAAUGCGUCGCAACCGGAGGAUGGAGAUUUGACGGUGGACCCAUCGAAUUCCGAUCUUAGAAUGGGGAAGCAAGCGGCAUACAGAUUUAAUGUUGCUUGCAAGACACAGAUGUCUAUCCCGGCUUCUGACAUAUUCUCCCUGAACGAUCUGUACGGGGAUAAUACAACUGGGUUUGUAAAGGUAACCAAACAAGUCAAUCGUGUUCUCGACAUUCUCAGUUUGAGUGGGAAGCUCUAUCCGUCAUCCGAGAGCACUACAGCCAGUGACGAACCCAACGAUGUGCAAGCGAAUGGAGCACCUCCGAAGCAGCUGACGCGCAGACAACAUAUCUUGAAAGAACUGGUAGAGACAGAAAGGCAAUACGUUCACCACCUCUUGAACCUACAGCUGUUAAAGAAAGAGUUAGAAGAAUGUGGAGCUUUGACGGGUGACUCGAUACAUUCAAUUUUUCUGAACUUGAAUAACUUGCUGGACUUCGCUCAACGAUUUCUCAUUCGUAUUGAACAACAUAACGAACUUCCAGAGGAGAAACAAAAUUGGGGUGAUCUAUUCAAACAUUACAAGGAGCCCUUUCGGCAGUAUGAGCCGUUCAUUGCGAAUCAGCUUCGAUGCGAAAAGACAUGCCAAAAAGAAUGGGAUAAGAUGAAAAAGAUAGGCAGGUCACCACUGAUGGAUCAGAUGCUGGCAGAUCCGACCAUUCUGAGCGGUUUCCUACUGAAGCCGUUCCAGCGGUUGACCAAAUAUCCGUUGCUUCUCAAGGAUCUUUCUAGUCAGGCCGAGGACGAAAGGUUGCGAGCAGAUCUUUCAGAUGCUGUUGAGAUCAUUCAAGAUGUACUUCAGGAAGCCAAUGCCGCGAUCGACAAGGAAACAAGACAAAACGCAUUAGUGGAUCUGGAUGAACGUGUUGAGGAAUGGAAAUCUCUGAAUCUGAAGACGUUUGGCGAAUUGAUGCUUUUCGGGACCUUUACUGUGCUCAAAGGCGAUGGAGGCAGCAAAGAUCAGGAAAAAGAGUAUCAUAUCUACCUUUUCGAAAGAAUUCUGUUAUGCUGCAAGGACAUCAAUCUCAACAAACAAAAGUCGAAGUAUAUGGGUAGCAAGGAGAAACUCUCAGUGACAGCCAAGGGUCAGCCACGUCUGCAACUCAAGGGCCGCAUCUUCCUAGCAAAUGUGACACAUAUUUUGACGGCAUCAGGCCCAGGAAACUAUACUAUUCAAAUCUUUUGGAGAGGAGACCCAGGAGUUGAACACUUUAUAAUCAAAUUUAAAAAUGAGGAUACCAUGCUGAGAUGGAAUCGAGAAAUCGAAACACAACGAGCUGUAUGCGCCGAGAAUGGAAGAGCUACCAGGGCCAAUGGCACCUCCGAAACACAAUUCACUUCCCUACGAGGAAUUCACAUGGAGAAUCCACACCAGGAAUACGAACUCGAUGAGGAUGACUACAACCGAGCCAUGCAGCCUGCAUAUUUCGGGCACGAGAAUGGAAACUACUCUGAGUUUUCAAUGAGUCGCAAUGCCUCGAGUCUGAGCCUUCGGUCGUCUUCAACGACCAAUACAAGUGGAGGCAUGCAUCACACACAUCCUUCCACUUCGACUAGGCCGGCACGCUUCCCAAUGCCUGAUCCUUCUUCCUUACCGCCACUCAAUACUUCAUUCCAGAACUCGCCAUCCGAAAGAGCCGGAACGUCGUACUUCUCCCCCAUCGACAGGGAGGCGGCAACACCCAUGACUGCGUCUGCUCGCUCAAGCUCUCAGUCUGCAUUUGCUGGCUACGAUAGGUAUGGGACACCUUCGACUGGCUGGUCGAAUGGCGAGGAGCCAACAAACCGAAACACUGCUCCUGCUAUGUCUCGAGCAAAUCGUGGAGCAAAUCCAUAUCAAGUGAAUGGUCGUGAUCCACGUUUGCGACCGUCACUACCGCCUGUCUCGACUGGCCCACCCACCGCUCAACAGCUCGCUAAUGGCAUAAAUCGCAUGCGAUCUGCGAGCAGCCCUGACUUCAUGAACCCGCAACGCCGCCUACCGAAUGGUCAUGUGGUACCGAAUGGUAGCGAUGUUCCUACGAUGCCCGCGAUACCGGCACAUGUUGCGGGCAGAGUGGCCCCUGUCAAUCGGAGCAUGAGUAAUUCGCCGACAGGAAUGCCGCCCAGAGCGAACACUCCUUCAGCAAAUGGCCACCAGUACGGCUUACCACCUGGACCACGACCACAGAUGACCAACCACUACACUUACGACUCAUCUUAUAACAGUAAAGCUGAUCCGCGCCUCGUGAUCUCUAAUCUCACUCCGGGCUCAUCAAUCUCGACAGAUCGGGAUCGAAACCUUUCUCCACCCCUCUCCACCCCGUCGAGUGAUGGAGAGCCUUUUAUGCCAAGCCAGCUUAAGGCCAAGGUCUGCUUCGACAGCAACUAUAUCACACUGGUCAUUGCAAGCAACAUUCAGUUCAGGUCUCUGACUGAUCGUAUUGACGCUAAAUUGGCACGCUUUACCCAAGCUUCUAUUGGGGGCGGCUCUGUUCGUUUGAGGUAUAAGGAUGAAGAUGGAGAUUACAUAUGGAUUGACAGUGACGAGGCAGUAAAUGAUGCCUUCCUGGAUUGGCGGGAGACCCAUGCCGAUAAGAUUGCUACUGGCUCUGUUGGCGAAAUCCUUCUGUACUGCAGCUCGCUCAGUGGCGAGCCAUUGGCACCCAGCGGAUGA